GUUUCUAGUCUGCAUUGCGCAUUCACAGAGGCAGAGGGUAUCGUGGCAGCCACCCCGUCGUCGUGCUUUCGUUGUCGCCAUCGUCGUCGUUAUUACCGUGGCCAUCGUUGCCAUCGCCGCCAUCGAGUCAGAUUUAGUAGUGAUAAGAAGUCAGCGACAGCAAAGUCAUAAAAUACAAAAUCGAGCAAAAUCCGACGAUCACCGUGCAUCACGAACUCGUAGCAUCGCUUUUACUUUAAAACGUAGCACAUGCAGAAUUUGAAAACUCAUCCAAAUAUCAUGUGGGGUAGAGCAAAUAUAGCUAUUGUGAUCUUUCUUCUGGGAUGGUUAUGCAUUUUCACUCGUGCAGAAGCUAGCAACGCUGAGGUAUCAUUGGCCGGAACUGAAGCGGAAACCAUUCUUGAGCGAGCGGCUACGUGGUUAUGGAGUCAACGGGAUAAGGAUGCCGGUUGGGGUAAUGACACACAUCGAGUACUUUUGGUUCUUCGUUUGGCCAAUCUCUCUCAUGAUGAUAACAUCGCUCCACCGGCACCGCUUGAAUUGCAACUUAUUGCUAAACAAAUGGAACUGGAAAUAGUGCUUUUGCUCUGGAGACAUCGGGAAAUUGGGUUUUCUCCAGUACAACUGGCACGUUACACUUUGGCUUUGAAUGCGAUGUGCAUGGACCCGAGACAGUUCCAUGGUCACGAUUUAAUUGGUACAUUACAACAUCAUGAACCGCCGACUGAUUACGAUUUUGCGCUGACUACGCUUGCAGCAUGCAGUGCGCAAGCACACGUGCGUAAACGUCAGAUGCGCCGUCUCUUAGAUAUCGCGAAUGCUGCAAGGGAUCAUAACGUCGAUACUAUUGCGAUGUUGAUUCUGGCGCUGCGGUGUAUCGUUCAGGAUCAUCGGCAUCGUAAUCUUCAUCACAUCGUUCGUAAACCGUCGAUGGAGCUGGCGCGACAGCAAAGGCAUGAUGGCAGUUUUGGCGACCUGCGCAAUACUGUAUUGGUAAUGCAAGCAUUAGAGGAAGUUGAGAAUGAACCGGCAGAUAACUGGAACAGAUCUGCAGCUUUAACCUGGCUAAUCAAUCAACAACGACCAGAUGGUUCUUUUCACGGCAAUGUUCAUGCCACUGCCGAAGCGAUGUUAGGAGUUGCGCCGCGUGGAUUGGCCAGCAUUCGAGCUCUAGACUGUGGACAGAAUUUGUCGGAUAAUACGCCACCUCGUCUAACUACAAGCAACGUUGCAGAUAUUGGGACAUCCGAUAACCAUAGCGAGAUUUCUUUGUCAUCAGACAUGUCGGGAAAUAAUACAAAUAAUAUAGAUACUACGCUAACCACGGGCACCGUGGCGCCAGUGCUCGUAAAUGUAUCGUAUACAUUGUGGGUCGGCAGCAAUGUAAACGAAACAUACAAUUUGACAGUGACUGCACCCAAAAACGAAACUUUCUACAGUGUGAUGCUAUUGGCAGCAAGCAUGUCUUCCCAUUUUCAAUUUAGCGCGUCCGAAUGGCCUAAUGGUCAUUAUGUUCACACACUGGCUGGCUACAAAGAGGAACCUAUGUCCUAUCACUACUGGUUACUUUAUAGAUUGCCUUCGCCGCCAGAAUCAUCUUCGCCACCUGGAAAUCAACUGGUUGCACCUGGAGGUGUUGAUAACUUGCAGAUUAGCGAAGGAGAACAUUAUCUUUUCUGGUAUAAGAAGCUAUGAAGUAUACAACGAAAAGAACAGAGCACAAAAUAAAUUGUAAUGAAAAGAAACUAACAUAAGAAAAAGGAUGAAUACUUCGAAGAAUACAAAGAGGAAAGUGAAUAAAGAAAGCGAUAAUUAUACAAAUAUGGGAAAAAGAGCAAAGGAGAGAAAAUUGAUGAGUGAAGUGAAUGAAUAAAUAAAUGAAUGACUGAAUGAAUGGAUGAACGAAUGAUUGAACGAAUGAAGGAACUGGAUGAUGUAAUGAGCAGAAGAGAGAAUAAGUUAAGAAUGAAUGAGUAGAGCGAAUGAAAGCGAGGAAGAGAGGGAGAGAGAGAGAGUGAGAGAGGAAGGGUGAGAGAGAGAGAGAGAGAGAGAGAGUGAGAGAGGAAGGGUGAGAGAGAGAGAGAGAGAGAGAGAGAGAGAGAGAGAGAGAGAGAGAGAGAUCUCGAAAGCGAGAUUCAGUAUUCACUGCCAUCGCUAUUAUCGACACUUUAAAAAAGUUUCAUUACAUUAAUUCGAAAUAAAGGAUUAGAAUCUAAUCAUUAGAUGAAGGAAAAUAUGUAGACGUAGAUAUUUAUAGGUACAUUAAAUUGGCAAUGAUUUUUCAUUAGUGAUUACUUGAACUUGAAGGAUCUGGUAAAAUAAACAUAUGGAUUGCUAGGUCAAUAUCAAGACACGUACAUAAAAACUAUAUAUAUAUAUAUAUAUAUAUAUAUAUAUAUAUAUAUAUAUAUAACAAUUCUGUUAACACGUUGAAUGCCGUAAUUAGUGUUAAGAUUCGAUAACAAACGUAUAAUAAUUGAAUUUAGACUAACAUAUUCUUUGAACACUUUUAUGUGAUCAGAAUAACAUAAUAACAAUUAUAUAUCAUAACAGGAUCCUAAACUGAUGGAAUUAUUGAUAUUUUUUUUUGGUUAAUUUCUUCAAAUUGAUUUUGUAAAGUUUAAAAUCUUUUACGCAAUUAAAGUAUGGAAAAAUAAAAAAGGGGCAACAAGCGAAUUUCAUGCUAAUAACAAAAAGAUUUCUUAAACUUUUAAAAAAUGUAAUGUGUUAAAAAUUUUUUUAUUUUUUAACAUGAAAUAUUUAUUCCCUUUCUUUUUAUUCAUAUUUUAAAUGUGUAAAACAAUUUAGAAGUGAAGUCUUAGUAAGGUUAAUUUAAAGAUAAGAAAAGUUGGGGGAAAGUGCCAUAACUUAAGCCUUUCUUCAGGAAGCAUGUUAUGAAAUCAAGUGACAAAAAAUCAAUAUAAUAUUCUUGAAAUCCUCAUUUCUUUAUACAAAUAGAAUAAUUAAAUUUUAACAUUUUAAAUUUUUGAGAAAAAAGAAUUAAAUAAGUCACGAAAAACUGGCAUCUCCCCUAACAUAUUGAUAAGUGAGGUUGAUAGAUAAGAUGCCACCUCCUAUGAAAAAAAUGUCAACUAUUUAAAUAGUACGACUUAAUAGAAACUUACUUUUGCUUAUCUAUAGUAGACAAUCAAGUUAAAAAUUAUAAAAACACAAAAAUAAAUAUGAUAAAAUGUAAA